CCACGUAGUCUGCUUACCGUCAGUUUGUGAAGUAUUUGGACUGCUUUUCUCCAUCACGUAUGUCCUCUGGCUCACAUACUACAAUCCGGCCUAAGAAGAACUGCGACUUCUUCUCUGUCACCAGGAAACGUUGUCAUGCUUCCGAAGUUUAAAACGAUAGUCACCGCAGUGUGCUUUUUCGGCCUUGUUCCUGGCGCGAUAUUCUUCUACGUCUUCCACUCGAACCAACAAAAGAAGUCGUUGGCCCUAAAGAGGGACCCUGUGGUUUCUAAGGCAUCCCCCAAUACAACGAGGGAGCAAAGUUUUAGGCUGAAAGGAGUCGAUGGUGCAUCUCCAAUAUCCGGAAGACCUUCUCGUGCGAGCAGAAAUGUGACGACAGUACAUCGCCUGGAUAAAAAUGAAGUCGAGUGCUUUCCAGAAGGUAGUGUCUCCGGAAGAAAGAAGUCUACAUGCGUCUGCAAGAAGGGAUGGCAUGGGCGAGAGUGCUCCAUACCCGACGCCGUUUGGUUUACCGAAGACUUUGGGAGAUGGUAUUCCGAAGGUCUUAUUCGACGGCGCUCGAGACCACGCAAGGUAAUCAAUGGCUUGGUCUUCAACCACGAAUUGGACUUGCUGGAAAUUCGCAUCAAAGAGCUCGGCGACGCUGUCGAUUAUUAUCUCGUCGUCGAAUCUACUUACACGUACUUCGGCUCAGAAAAGCCCCUGUACCUCAGAAACAACCUCAGUGCCGGAUUUCUGCGCGAGCAUACGCACAAGAUUGUUCCGAUAGCUGUGGACUUCUACAACUAUGCCGAAGGCGAUCCGUGGGGUCCCGAAAACUACUGCCGCACGUCCGUUUGGUACGAAGGCCAUCGUCGGCUAAAGAACAUUCGGGAUGACGACCUCUUCAUCAUGUCCGAUGCCGACGAGAUUCCUAGCCGAGACGUGGUGUUAUUCUUGAAACAUCACGACGGUUUCGGUGAGCCAAUAAAGCUGCGCCUCCGAUGGUUUACGUAUGGCUUCUAUUGGGAGAACAGCGAUCCUGUUGAUGUGAGUGGUGUGUGCACGGUAUCCUACAUUCGGCAUGUCUAUGAAAACGACUCGCUGCGUCUCCGCUCGAUGAGAACAUUUAGACAGAACAACAUGCCAAACACGGGAACGUUUAGUGAGAUGUGGACUAUAGAGGGAAUUCAGCCGCGCUACGCUGGAUGGCAUUGUUCAUGGUGUUUUGACGUGGAAGGCAUUCAGAUGAAGCUGGCAGCGGCGCAGCGGGACGACGGAGUGCGGUGGGGAGACAUCGCCGAAAAAUCCGACACCAGCUACAUCAUCUCACUCAGGAAGAAAGGCCUGUUCUUCGACGAACGCUCGAAACUUACACCAUGCGACCCCAACGAAACGGCUCCCGCCUACGUCCGAGAAAACGCUGCAAAAUUUAUGUGUCUGAUGCGACCGUAGAACCCUAAUGCCCUCUCAUAGUCAUUGUCACACUACGCAAACACAGACAUCUCGUGGAAUCACUUCGUGAUGCAACAGGCAAAUCAGUUAGUGGCGUCAAUAUCUUCAAGGAUGUGGAACACGUUAAAGGUAUGAAUUACACAACGCGACCUGCUGUGUUUACAAAUCAUAUGGUGCGGCUUCUUUUUUUAUAUAUGGUUUUCCCUUUCUGUACAUACCUGCUGAUUUCGCUAAGAAAUCCCAAAAGCUGUAUGCUGCAAGUACAAAGCGAACUCUGCCCCGGUGAUCUGGCGCCGCGUUUUGAAGGAGCUCUGUGUUUCCGUGCUAUCUAAUAAGGCGAAAGCCUUAGAUGCCUCAUCAAACGCGCAAAUUUAUCGCCGGCGGUGUCAACAAGAGGGAUGCAAGAAGCCAUCACGUGAUAACGUCACUACGUGAAGUCAUCUUGGCGUCACAGUUGGCCGAAAUAGUGACGUCAUUAUCGCGUAAUGAGGAUGUCACAUAAUCUGUCGUCACGUGUUUACGUCAUCGCGCGGCAUCGUCGCUUGGUCAAAGGUGGCACGACCACGGAGGCAGUAGAAAAGCAGGUGAUGUGCUGAAAGCUUGCAAUGCCUUCGAUCUUGGAGGCAGUGUAAAAUCUCGUUAAGAGCAGAAAGUUUUCGGAAGGGGGCGAGAUCAAAAUAUGGACUAAAAGAAAAGAAGUCUUUCGCCUUCGAGUCGUCUUAGGCGGAUGCAUAAGUGACCCUGUGAGUUUUUUUUUCUUAUCACCCGUCGCUCUUAGAAGCUAAUGCUAGUGUCAACGAAGACGCAGAUAGCGCGGCUAUUUGGGCGUGUCGGUAAGACGUGACAAAUGAUGAUUAAGCGCACUACGAGACGAGAACAGCGAAGAACACGUGAGACACAACGGCUCUUACUUGCAAUACUUUAUUGAGAAUCCCAGAGCCGAAUAUAUAAGCAAACUCGUGACCAUAUAUCACGCAUGCGCAAAGAGCAAAACAAAAAAAAUAAACAAACAAAACAAUGAAUGACGACCCAGGCAACGUAAUUAUUUUGAAAAUAAAAUAUUCGUCUACUCUGACACGCACUUAUCACCGAAAGUAUCAAUCCUUUUGGUCUCGAUUAUUUCGCGCGUGAAUUGGCUACUGCUUCUUGUAACAAUCGUUCAUUUCUUACACAUUGGUACAUCGAUGUUUUACAGACAUCUGUAUGUAAGACAGGCCAUAUGUUUGCUAUGCGACAUUACGGACACGGGUACAAUAAAUACUCUUUUGCUGUAGGAGGCGAACAUUUGUUAUGAUGCGAAAGAGGUAAAAUGUCAGGACAAUGGUCAACUACACGGGAAAAGCCCGACAAUGGAAAUAAAAGCAAAAGUGACGUGCUCUUGAAGUGUGUAUUUUGCGCCAUGAGUCACUAGUCUCUUGGAUUUCUCCGUUCUGCUUGCUUCACAUUCGCCGAACGGUAAUUGAUGCAGCAGUCGUAUAAGCUGCUUAACGACCGUCGCAGGGUUACGGUACAUCGCGCAGGCUCCCUUGCGCGCUUAGAGUUAAGCGAGCCCGCAGCCAAUCAAAUGGCAGCGUCGACUGAGAACUCCAAUUCGUCGCUAAAGACACAAUAUCUGUACUGA